GAAAACGAAACGCACAACAAGCAAGCCAAAGUAGAUUCAGUAAUACAAUUAAUUUAAAGUAAUUCAUUUAAAGCCAAUCAACCGCAGAGAAAUCAACAAACUGCAGUUUCAGCAGCGGAAAACUGAGAACACCAAGUCUUACUAAGCAACUAUUCGACUAAGAGCGUGAACCAAAUCAAGCUGUUUUAUUUAUUAGCUGCAAUCCAAAGACGAAAUGCUUUCGAUCUGAGACCAUUCGACUACGGGCGCCAUGAGCAUCAGUGCCACCUGGUUUUGGGUGCCGUCUUCGUCUCCACUCCCACUUCCGAAUCCGAAUCUGCAUCAGAAUCUGACUCCUUCGCCGCCUCCCGUUGCCAGGAGUAGCCAACAGGUGGAACUUUGAUGCCAGCUGGAGUUGGUUCUGGAGCUUUGCAGCAGUGGAGCAUUGAAGCAGUGGAGCAGUGGAACUCGUGGAGCAACAGCAGCAGCAUCCGGAUAAGGGGGCACAGGAACCCCCGCUGAAGUGGCGCCCCUGCCUUGCGCGAUGCAAGCGAACAGCAGCCGCUCUAACUUAAGCGCACAAUCCUCGGGCACGCCGUCGGCCUCAACGAUCUCCUCGUCCCAGGGCAAGCAACAAGUUGUCGAACUAUCGGGCUAUGUCAUCAUACUCGUCGAAAAUGUGGAGGGUAAAAUUAAACUAUACGGCUCACCGCCCGAUCGCGAUAAUCUGGAAGUGGGCGAUGAGAUACUCGAGGUCAAUGGCCUGACCCUGGAGAAUAUAUCGCGCACGGAGGUCAUUCGGCACAUACACGACUGCAUCAAAUCCUGCACCAUUUGUCUCCGUGUGCGAAAGAAGAAUGAUUCACGACUGGCCUGGGAUAUUGGCAACUCGGUGCAGGACGCCUUCGUCAUCGCCGUCGAGGAGCACGCCCGCGAACGUCUGCAGAGAUUGGCGGCCUUGAACCGGGUCACGCCCGUCGACAUCACCCAGCUGUCCAAAAAGCUGCAGCAAACGAAGAGCGGCACGGCGACCAGUCAGCGCCAGGACCUCAGCUUCCUGAACGAGUCGACGCCGAUCUAUGUGACGUCCUUCACGAGCAACCAGAUCACCUGCAGCAGUUCCACGAUGACGACGGCCACCGCCGGCGGGCCGAUCAGUGCACCAUCGCUGGCAACGGCCACCACCACCGUGCCGACGGCAUCCUCCCACACCACCACGGUGGUGGCCCAGAUCGAGCACGGGGCAUCGGCGCUGGUCAGUGCCGCUGUGGCCGCAGCCACUGCGGCGGAUCGCAAUGCCAAUAGCACCACAUCGGCGGCCCUGAAACAGACGGCCAAUUGCACUGGCAAUAGCAUCAGCAGUUUCGGCACCGCCAGCACCACCAGCAGCCAGUCGACCAGCAGUGCCACGGGGCACAUCUACCAGACCAGCCAGGCGCAGCAGCAGCAGCUGCAACAGUUGCAGCAACAACUUGCGGCCGCCGCAGCGGCGGGGAAGCCAUUGCAGGCCAAGUCGCUGUUGGCCAGCAGCUUGCAGCAUUUGGCCGAGGAGGUGGACAACGAGGAUCUGGACGAUGAUGACGAUGUGGACGGGGCCAACUAUUGUGGCAUAACCUAUAUAAGCUACAACAACAAGCAUGCCCAGUUGCCGACGACAACAUUGCCGGCCACCACCGCGUUGCCAGCGGCAGCUGCAUCAUUGGCCACCACAGCGGCGAUUUACCAACAGAGGCAACAGCAUCAGGUGCACCACCACAACCACCCACCAACGACGAGCCAACUCAAUCGACCCACAGCACCGGCGCCGCUGCAACUCGGAGGUCCUGUCAAUCCCAGUUUCGUGGAUGCCCAGACAUCCACAUCACCGCUGAUGGCACAGCACUUGCAGCAGCAGCAGCAGCAUGAUGUGGAUGCAGCACCACCCUCGUCGUCAUCGUCAUCGGUGGUGGUGAUGGAACGGCAUGUGCACGGCACCACCACGCCCAAAACGGAGUACUCCACGGCCAUAUCGAGUGGCCAAUUGCAGCAGGCCUUUGCCGAAUUGCAGCUGCACUCGAGCAACAAUAAUGCAACACAGCAGCAGCAGCAGCAUCAGCAGCAACAUUUACUUUUAAGCAACAACAAUAAUAGCAAUAAUUCAAUGGCAGCGGCACAGACAACUGCAUCUCUGAUGAAGAAUUGUGAUCUACUGAUAUCGAACAAUCUGUAUCCACCGAGAAGAGAGUUACUAGAAGACGUCAUAGUCCAUCAAGCCAGUGAUGUGCAUUCAUACAGCUCGAGUGCAUCAGCAGCGAUCGCCAGCAGCAGCAGCAGCAGAACACAGCAGCAUCAUCAGUUGCUGAGUGCCGCCUACGAGUUGCAGCAACAACAGCAACAGCAACAGCAGCAGUUGCAACUGCAGCAGCAGCAGCAGCAACAGAACAGUCCCACAAGUAGCAUAUCAAUUGGAAGAACUGAACUUUUACUGGGCGAUCAGAGUUUGCGGCAGGAUCCCAGAGGGAAUCGCCGGCGCUCCGGAUCGAGCAUUGUUGUGCUGGACGGCGACGAUUUGAAGCCAUGUCUGCCGGAUGACUACAUAAGCGGCCAGCACCAUCUGAACCACCAGCAGCAGUUGCAACUGCAGCAGCAGCUGCAGCAGCAACAUCCGCUCCAGCAGCAACACUAUCGCACGCACUCGGGCGACAUCAGGGAGAUUGACCAGGAAAUGCUGACCAUGCUGUCCGUGAACCAAGAUAACGGUCCACACCGUGAGAUGGCCGUCGAUUGUCCGGACACGUUCAUCGCACGCAACAAGACGCCACCCCGAUAUCCGCCACCCCGUCCACCACAGAAGCAACAUCAAGUGACAACCGCAGUGGCAGUGGCAACACAGGUGGCACAACAACAGACGCCCAGCCACAAGUUGCAGGCAACAUUGAGCAGCGAUCCGAAUGGCAACAGCAACAGCAACACCGUCGGCAGCAGCAGCAGCAACAACAGCAGCAUCACGGAUGACUUCCUCUGCGUUGUGGAUGGCCUGUACCAGGGACGCAAGGACUCGGCCUCGCCCUCAUCGAGUGCCUUCGAUGAGGUGAUGAGCAAACACACCCUGGACUCCUUCGGCAGCAUCGCCUAUCGUCACCUGCACCAGCAACAUCAGGCGACGAGCAACGGCAACAGCGGCAACAGCGGCAACAGCAGCAACACGAGCAACACCAACAGCAACACCCACAGCAAUGGCAACAGCAACAGCAACAGCAAUGGCAACACGAGCAACAAUACAGCUGUUUCGACAAACAAAACAGCAACGGUGACCAAAACAGGCGUGAGCAGCAGCAACAGCAACAGCAACUCGCUGAACAGCAGCAACAGCUCGAUGCACACGAGCAGCAGCAGCAGCGGCCACAGCAGCAACAUAGCCAGUGCCACAUCAUCAUCAUCCUCCUCCACCGGCACCAGCAGCUCAACGGUGCCCGAUGACCUGAGCCUGGCGCCACCCGGUUACGAGGUGAGCCAGCAGCAGCAACAGCAGCAGCAUCAGCACCAGCAGAAGCAGCAACAUUCGGUUGCCUCUCCCGUGACAAUGUUGCUGCCACCGAUGGCCAAGCAUCGCGAGUUGCCCGUGGACGUGCCGGACAGCUUUAUCGAGAUGGUCAAGACUACGCCAAGAUAUCCGCCACCAGCUCACCUUUCCUCGCGCGGAUCGCUGUUGUCGAACGGCAGCGCCUCCACCGCCCACACCACGCUCUCCUCGAUGGGCGUGUCGCCUUCGCCUGUCACUGCAACAGCAGCAGCAGCAACAGCAGCAACAACAUCGGCAUGUGCAACCACUGCUGUUGCUGUUGCUGCUGCUGCGGUUUCUGGUGUUGCUGACGGCGAUGCGAGGCGGGCGGUCGAUGAGCUCAAUGGGAACGCGAAGCCCGUGCCACCGCCACGUGAUCAUCUGCGGGUGGAGAAGGACGGGCGGCUGGUCAACUGCUCACCCGCUCCGCAGCUGCCGGAUCGAAGGGCGCCGGGGAAUGCGAGCAGCGGCAGCAGCGGCGGCGCAGCAACGCAUCCGCUGCAGCAGCAGCAGCAGAUCGCCCAGAUUGUGGAGCCCACGCUGGAGCAGCUGGACAGCAUCAAGAAGUACCAGGAGCAACUGCGCCGACGACGCGAGGAGGAGGAGCGCAUAGCGCAGCAAAAUGAAUUCCUGCGGAACAGUCUUCGUGGCUCCCGGAAGCUGAAGGCGCUCCAGGAUACGGCCACGCCCGGAAAAGCGAUUGCCCAGCAGCAGCAGCAGGCAACGCCGGCCACCCAGGUGGUUGGCGUGGAGAAUGAGGCAUAUCUGCCCGACGAGGACCAGCCGCAGGCGGAACAGAUUGAUGGCUACGGCGAGCUGAUAGCGGCCCUCACCCGCCUGCAAAACCAGCUGAGCAAGAGCGGAUUGAGCACGCUGGCGGGUCGCGUUUCCGCUGCUCACAGUGUCCUGGCCAGCGCCAGUGUGGCCCAUGUCCUGGCCGCUCGCACCGCUGUGCUCCAGCGACGGCGUUCCCGCGUCUCCGGGCCACUGCAUCACAAUGCCCUGGGAUUGCAGAAGGACAUUGUGGAGCUGCUAACGCAAUCGAAUACAGCGGCGGCCAUCGAGCUGGGCAACCUGCUGACCAGCCAUGAAAUGGAGGGUCUCCUCCUGGCCCACGAUCGCAUUGCCAAUCACACGGAUGGCACGCCCUCGCCCACACCCACGCCCACUCCGGCCAUUGGAGCGGCGACGGGAUCCACAAUCAGCAGUCCGGUGGCUGGACCCAAGAGAAACCUAGGCAUGGUGGUGCCGCCGCCCGUGGUGCCACCGCCACUGGCGCAACGUGGAGCAAUGCCGCUGCCGCGCGGGGAGUCGCCACCACCGGUUCCCAUGCCACCACUGGCCACAAUACCCAUGUCCAUGCCCGUCAAUCUGCCAAUGAGUGCGUGCUUUGGCACGCUAAACGACCAGAACGACAACAUCCGGAUCAUCCAAAUCGAGAAGUCCACGGAGCCGCUGGGCGCCACGGUGCGCAACGAGGGUGAGGCGGUGGUCAUCGGCCGGAUUGUGCGUGGUGGUGCGGCGGAGAAGUCGGGACUGCUGCACGAGGGCGACGAGAUCCUGGAGGUCAACGGUCAGGAGUUGCGCGGCAAGACGGUGAACGAGGUGUGCGCCCUAUUGGGCGCCAUGCAGGGCACCCUGACCUUCCUGAUCGUCCCAGCGGGCAGUCCACCGUCCGGCGGCGUGAUGGGCGGCACUACGGGCAGCCAACUGGCCGGAUUGGGUGUUGCACACCGCGACACCGCCGUGUUGCACGUGCGGGCGCACUUCGACUACGAUCCGGAGGACGAUCUGUAUAUACCCUGUCGGGAGCUGGGCAUCAGCUUCCAGAAGGGCGAUGUGCUGCACGUGAUCAGCCGCGAGGAUCCCAACUGGUGGCAGGCGUAUCGCGAGGGCGAGGAGGACCAGACGCUGGCCGGUCUUAUUCCUAGUCAGUCGUUCCAGCAUCAGCGCGAGACCAUGAAGCUGGCCAUUGCGGAGGAGGCGGGACUGGCGCGAUCCCGCGGCAAGGACGGAUCGGGCAGCAAAGGAGCCACGCUCCUAUGUGCGCGCAAGGGUCGCAAAAAGAAGAAGAAGGCCAGCUCCGAGGCGGGAUAUCCCUUGUACGCCACCACGGCGCCGGAUGAAACAGAUCCGGAGGAGAUACUCACCUACGAGGAGGUGGCUUUGUACUAUCCCCGCGCUACCCACAAGCGGCCCAUCGUCCUCAUCGGCCCGCCCAACAUUGGAAGACAUGAGUUGCGCCAACGCCUGAUGGCCGACUCGGAGCGUUUCUCCGCCGCAGUGCCACACACAUCACGAGCCCGCAGGGAGGGCGAAGUGCCCGGAGUGGACUACCACUUCAUCACGCGACAAGCCUUCGAGGCGGAUAUUUUGGCGCGCCGCUUUGUGGAGCACGGUGAAUACGAGAAGGCCUACUACGGCACAUCACUGGAGGCCAUACGCACGGUGGUGGCCAGCGGCAAGAUCUGUGUGCUCAACCUGCAUCCGCAGAGCCUCAAGCUGCUGCGCGCCUCUGACCUCAAGCCGUACGUGGUGCUGGUGGCGCCGCCCAGCUUGGACAAGCUGCGCCAAAAGAAGCUGCGCAACGGCGAACCCUUCAAGGAGGAAGAGCUCAAAGACAUCAUUGCCACGGCCAGGGAUAUGGAGGCCCGCUGGGGUCACCUAUUCGACAUGAUCAUCAUCAACAACGACACGGAGCGCGCCUACCACCAACUGCUGGCCGAGAUCAACUCGCUGGAGCGCGAGCCCCAAUGGGUGCCCGCCCAGUGGGUGCACAACAAUCGCGACGAGUCAUAAUGGGGUCUUCAGCACCCCCUCCCACUGCACUACCACCUUCCCUAGGAUCCACCACCCACGAAAUGAAUACCAAUCCCCAAAACUCUUUGUAAAUACAAUUUUCAAUUGAGCCAUGAAGCGGAGAGCAGGAUCGAUUCCAGUCCAGUAGUUCGGUUUGCCUGCCGAUGCGAUAAAUCCCUACCCCUCCAAUAUUAUAUAUAAAUAUAUAUAUUUAUACUAUUCGUUGCAUAUGUGCAUUUUAGUCUUAGAGAGAAAGAGUUUUUAUUGUGUGUAUUCCCUGUUUUAAAAGCAUUCCAACCUCUUUAUGUAUGUUCACAAAAUUUGUUGUUCGAUGAACCGAUUUCGGGAAUGCCACAGAGGACUGGUAACUGAAAUCAGUGAUUUUGGAAUCCAAUUGCUUCUUGUGGCAUUUCCGCUUUUUUUUUUACCACUACCACUAACUUAUAUAUUGUAAAAGUAUGUUUUUUUUUUGUAUUUAAAUUAAGCUUGGACACUUCCUUAAUUUCAAAGGGCAAAUUGAAAUUGUAAAAUAACGAAUCAGCAAAGGAAGGCCAGAAUCGAUAUGAUAGUACCCUAGUACCCAAUAAAAUGUGUAAUAAUACC